AUGUUUUUACCACGAUCUCUUAAAGUCAAGAGGAGUCCUGAUGAGGACAAAAGCACAGCUAAGAAGAACAAAUUGUCUUUGGGAGAAUGUUCGUUAGAGGAGACUUCAGAGGCCCAAGAGACCCAAGACUUCGAGUCAGCUACAAAAGAAACUUCUGCUUCAGGAUGCAGUUUGUCUGAAGUUGUACAAGAGUGCAGAGCGACUGUAGCUAUUCCAUCAGAUCUUGGGGUUGCUAAUACACCUUUAGGAAAGGACAGCCAAAAUACUGAUGAAGAAAGCUCUUUGGAAGAACCUGUAAAAUCUUUCAGCAAAUCGCAGCGCUGGGCAGAGCCUGGGGAACCUGUAUGUGUUGUCUGUGGUCGUUACGGAGAGUACAUCUGUGAUAAAACAGAUGAAGAUGUGUGUAGCUUGGAGUGCAAAGCCAAGCACCUUUUACAAGCUCAGGAAAAGCUAAAAUCUGACCAAGUCGUGGAAGCAGAAAAUGACCUUGAUACAACCUAUUCCUAUAAAGAUCACUCCUUUAUUUUAAGUUUGCAAGAUGAGCACAUCAGGAACCUUAAAUUGCAAUUGGGUAUUGUUGUCCUGGGCCAGCAAGUGCCAAGACCCAUCAUUGAGUUUGAACACUGUGGUUUUCCUGAAACUUUAAACCGUAAUUUGAAGAAUUCUGGCUAUGAAGUUCCAACUCCCAUCCAAAUGCAAAUGAUUCCUGUUGGACUACUGGGAAAGGAUAUUUUGGCUAGUGCAGACACUGGCUCAGGAAAAACAGCAGCCUUCCUGCUCCCAGUUAUUAUGAAGGUUUUAAAGGAGACUGAAACCCCCUCUGGACUUAUUUUAGCACCAACAAGAGAAUUAGCAAUUCAGAUAGAGAGACAAGCUAAAGAACUGAUGGCUGGUUUACCAAAUAUGAGAACAGUCCUCCUUGUGGGAGGAUUACCCCUGCCACCACAGCUUCAUCGUCUCAAGCAAAGUGUGAAGGUUAUAAUUGCAACACCUGGAAGACUUCUAGAGAUUUUAAAGCAAAGUUCUGUUCGACUCCAUGGAAUAAAAAUUGUAGUAGUGGAUGAAGUGGAUACCAUGUUAAAAAUGGGUUUCCAGCAGCAAGUGUUGGAUAUUUUGGAAAACAUUUCUCAUGGUCAUCAAACCAUCCUGGUGUCAGCUACAAUUCCAGUGGGCAUUGAACACUUGGCAAAUCAGCUUCUGCACAAUUUUGUAAGAAUAACAAUUGGAGAAAAGAAUCUGCCGUGUUCUAACGUUCGCCAAAUUAUCUUAUGGGUGGAAGAACCAUCUAAAAAAAAAAAGCUGUUUGAAAUAUUAAAUGAUAAGAAACUCUUCAAGCCUCCAGUGUUGGUGUUUGUGGACUGCAAACUAGGAGCAGAUUUGUUGAGUGAUGCUGUUCACAAGAUUACAGGACUGCAAUGUGUAUCCAUGCACUCUGAAAAAUCUCAGGUGGAAAGAACAGAAAUAUUACAGGGAUUACUUCAAAAGACAUAUGAAGUUAUAGUAAGUACUGGAGUCCUUGGACGAGGACUUGACCUUGUCAAUGUGAAACUGGUAGUAAAUUUUGAUAUGCCUUCCAGUAUGGAUGAAUAUGUACAUCAGGUUGGAAGAGCAGGGAGACUGGGUCACAGUGGAACUGCAAUUACUUUUAUCAACAACAACAGCAAGAAGCUCUUUUGGGAUGUUGUGAAGAGAGUGAAGCCAACAGGCACCAUUCUUCCUCCCCAGCUGCUCAAUUCCCCAUAUCUUCAUGACCAAAAGAGAAGGGAACAACAGAGACUUAAACAGUUACAGAAUAGCCUUGUAACAGGAGACAACCUUAUGGACAUUAUUAGAAAACACGACAAAAAUAAUUCUCAGAGGUAGUAAAGGUGCAUUUUUAGCUAUCUUAGGUAAUUAUAAUGAAAAUUUUAUUGAAAAAUAAAUAU